AUGACUGGCAUAUCAACCACGAAUCAUGACUGUUCUUCGAAUGGAAUGAACCCAUCCAAUAAUCCAAGAUGCACAGGUGUGGAUGAAACUCUGUCAUCCAAUGACCCUAAUCGUCAUGCAAGUCAUUUGCUACAGUCCCGCGUGGGGCGUGAGAAACAACGUUACGAUGGGAACACACGACUGUUAGUAUGCAUCGUCGUAUCGCGUCGUCGCUUCGGUACAGGCGUUGAUGAAUUUUUACUCAUUUCAAGCUCCAAGGACGAAACGCAAUGGAUUAUACCUAAAGGAGGGUGGGAAAAUGAUGAAUCAGCCGUUGAGAGUGCAUUGCGUGAAGCUGAUGAAGAAGCAGGCGUAAUGGGCGAUAUUGUGGGUUCGUUGGGUUCACUGGAUUUCUUGAGCCAACAGGGUAAACCCUGUCGUUUUUAUGGCUUUAAAUUAUUGGUCACGGACGUUUAUGAACAUUGGGCAGAAAAGACUCGGAAACGUAAAUGGGUUUUAUUCAAUGAAGCUUGUGAGUUGCUAAAGCAUCGACCUGAACUUGUUGAGAUGAUGUCACAGCAUGUCCAGGAAGGAGGAUCCUUUGAAUGA